UUCAAUUCGACUGCAACAACCCCGGGAUUUGGGUCUUAGGUUGGAGUGGCGAGUGGGACGCAAAUUAAAGCCUUCACUGCAAAUCCCUGUGAUCUCCGAGCGAUCGGCCAUGGCUUCCCGCGACAACUUCGUCUACAUCGCUAAGCUCGCCGAGCAGGCCGAGCGCUACGAUGAGAUGGUGGACGCAAUGAAGAAGGUUGCAAACCUUGAUGUUGAGUUGACAGUUGAAGAGAGGAACUUGCUCUCUGUUGGAUACAAGAAUGUUAUAGGUGCUCGUAGAGCAUCAUGGAGGAUCCUAUCAUCAAUAGAGCAGAAAGAAGAGGCAAGAGGAAAUGAAGUAAACGUGAAGCGGAUCAAAGAGUACAGACAAAAGGUCGAAUCAGAGCUAACUGAUAUUUGCAAUGACAUAAUGACAGUGGUUGAUGAGCAUAUUAUUCCUUCAGCUGCUGCUGGCGAAUCAACUGUGUUUUACCAUAAGAUGAAAGGAGAUUAUUACCGAUAUCUUGCAGAAUUCAAGACUGGAAAUGAAAAGAAAGAGGCUGCUGAUCACUCAAUGAAAGCUUAUGAGACUGCUACCACUGCAGCUGAGGGUGAUUUGCCCCCUACACAUCCCAUCCGAUUGGGUCUGGCUUUGAAUUUCUCAGUCUUCUAUUAUGAGAUCAUGAAUUCACCUGAGAGGGCCUGCCACCUUGCAAAACUAGCUUUUGAUGAAGCUAUCUCAGAGCUUGACACCCUCAGUGAGGAGUCAUACAAAGAUAGCACCUUAAUUAUGCAGCUGCUUAGGGACAACCUCACUUUGUGGACUUCGGACCUCCCGGAGGAUGGAGCUACAGAAGACGCCCAGAAGAUUAAUGGCACCACCAAGGCUGGUGCAGUGGAAAAUGCAGAGUGAUGCCUUACAACUAUAUGUAUCUGGGGAUGAAUCAUAAUGCCUUGAUGCCUUUAACCUUGAUGAUUUGUUAAAAAUAGGGCUUAUUGUUUAUCUGUUUCUUAUUGUUCUCUUGUCAUUCUGUUGUUUGGGUUACCGAAUGCUGGUGUGGUUUAUCGAGUGUGAUGUCUGGACAUGGUCGGUCCAAUGUGCAUCUACCCUGGCUUUUUCCUUCCUAGUAGUGAUGGUAGAUGAAUUGGAGGAUUGACCUUAUUGCUUAAGGUGAUUUUCUUGUUUUGAUGAAAAAUGCCACAGCCCAGAUGGAAAGAUUUCUAUUGUUUGUAUAUCAUCUAUACCUUUUUAGUUUAUAAGUAUUUUUUCCAUGUA